GUCAACUGUACCACUGCUCCAACGCCGUCGUAUUACCGCCGACGCAGUCUUCUACGUGGACAUGGCGGCAGAAUUGGAUCAUGUGGCUUCGGUGGACGAGCUCAACUUACUCCCUGAAGACGAGGACAUACUGUCUUACUUUUGCGCCGCCGAGACAGACGUGCCACUCUUGCGUGAUGUCGUCUCGAAACGAGCGACCCCACGUGCUGGCGGGGUCGAGUCGACUCAUGACUUGUCCGUUGCUGGUAACAAGCGAUCCAUCGAGACAGCGAGCAAUGCGUCGUCAGAACUAGAUGGUCCAGAGUCCCCGACCGGCGGUGACAACGAACAAGGCACAGACGAAGGUCGUCGUCGCAAGCGGUGUGUACGCUGCUACGACCGACCAUGCUUGUCCAUGUUCCCAUCAUCUAUAGUAGACUCGAGCGCAAUCGCGAAUCUGCUCGGCAAAGCCGUCGGCGCAAGAAACAGUACCUGGAACUGCUAGAGGGCAAGGUGGCCCAGCUGACGGACGAGAUCGACGAAGCGCGCGAGGAGCAUCUCGACUCUGCCGAUAGCACGAUCAAUGCGCUCAAGAACCAGUUGGUGACGUCAUUAAACAAACUCCUGGACAAUCACCCUCCGAGCGCACCGCUCCCGUCGCCCCUGGAGGACGAACUUCGCGAGGGAGUUUAUUCGAUUCAAACUCGGUUUGGGCCGAAUGCCAAGGAGAGGCAAGCUGUGGUCAACUACCACUUUACGCAGCUAGACAGCUUGCUACUGCCGCCAUACACACGCUUCUUGCUCUGGAUGAGCAUUCAAGACGAGGUAUUUUACACCAAAACGAGCGCCCCACCUACGCCAGGAGGAAGCAAGUCCACGAAACCAAAGGAAAGCGACCGCAAGGACUCUGUGGCCAACAAGGACGGGCUGUGGGCGGCGCUGUCAACCGAGCUCGGGCUCACGUAUGAGCAAGAAGAGAAGAUCAAGGGCCACUACCGGGCCAGCGACUCCAAGACGGCCAAAUUGGAGCGCCGAAAGAUCGCCAUGGCCGUGACGUAUCUGCACCAGCUCAAAGCCAACAUGCUGGAGCGCGCCCACGCCGUGCAGACGUACGCUGACACGAUGCAGGGCAUCUUGACCCCCGACCAGACCAUCCGGUUCCAGCAGUGGGCCAUGCAGCACCGAGCAGGCCAUGCGGACGUGCUCAAGGAACGCGGGCUACAGUUCGCGCCGUCAUCUGCGAUGGACCCAAGCGCCAAGAUCAGCACGAUAUUGCACAAACAGGAUCGGGAUUUGACUGUCGAGGAUGUGACCUCGCUGCUGGCCACGCUGUCCAAGAAGCCGUCAGCCUCGGAGGAAGGCGCGGCGUCGGUUCCGUCGACUAGUGAUUCCACGCGAUAAUGAUUACUUCCAGUGGACUACUACAUAGUAUGUCAUACUA